CAGUGUACCAGCAGUUAGAAGACUAGUGUCCCAUGCAGCUUGGUUCUUUCCCCCUCUGGGCAGGCUGCCCUCCUCUGGAGAGGAUUGUCACCAAGGGCCAUCCUUCAUUUUCUGUCUUUUUCACAUUCAUUUGUGGCUGCUUCUGAGAGCCCCCCACUGGGUCUGGAGGGAGUUCUGCGAAGAGUAUUUUAUUUGGUCUUGUGUCACUGCCACUUCAUGUGACCAGUACUUUUUCCCAUUUCUUGUAAGUGUGGACCAUAUUGCCAGUGAUCUGCUGGGUCCAGUUAGACCUGGCAAAAUCAAUCCUGACUGCUGAGGGGAAAUGCUCUUGGGUGCUUUAUCUUUCUGGGAGGGGAGUGGAUUGUCACAUCUGUGGGACUUAGACGUUGUAGCCAAACUCCAGGCUUAAUUAUGCCACUCAGUAAAGUGAAUUCCCAGAGGAAAGGGCAUCUGUUGAGAAUUCCCACCAGAAAUCAGGGAAAAUCUUACAGAUAAAUUUGUUGCUGAAGAACUGCCUUCUGGGGCUCAGGCUGAGGGCAGGGUUCACAAGGUACAGAAAGGAUCCGACAAAGAAAGGUCAUUGAAGGAGUGGAGCUGUUGGGACCAGGUUGGCUCUUUCUCUUUGCCAGGUGGAGGCCAUUCAAGUCCCCCUGGGGGUGGGGGGCUCUGUGCUCCAGUGAAAUCCCUGGAGAGCCAGGAUCUGUUUGCCUGGCUUGUAGGACUUAGGAGUUUGGCCUUGUUUUCCAAGUGCCCUCUGCCAGUUGGCCUGGAGAGACGGCAGUGCCCGCUGAGGCCCUCUGCCCAUGGUGAACUGUCCCCAGACAGCCCUUGGAGCCCGUGUGCUGCGCCAUCUUCAUCCACAGGUUUUGGGAUGAAAUAUUCCCCUUUGUUCCAGGUUUUUGUUGGGGGAGUGGGUGGCAAAGUGGUCCCCAAGAUGCUGGGACAUGGCAGUAACUGAAGCUAGGUUAGAACUCCAGAGCCCUACAGAGCCACUUCCAGCUACCCACUCUGGAGGUCCCAUAAAGGGCCUCCAUGCAGCUGAACAGUGAGGUUCUUCAUUCCCAGGCAGGUUUCCCUAACCAACAGUUAACCCCUUUAGCCAGCUACCCUUCCUAGAGAAAUAGCUAAUUUGCUUCAAUUAUUUGGUUCUAAUGGACAGGGAAGGAGUCCAGGAAGAGUAAGGAAAGGAGGAGCAGAAUCCUUGGAAGUGAAAUUGGCUUAGCCAUAUUAAUAAAUUAUUAUGACUUGACAAGUCAGGGUAGUUGGCCAGGGCUCAGCUUCUUGCUUGCCUCCAGUUCAGUGUCGCUUGAAUGUCUUACUGAAUCAGUGAGUCAUAUGUAUAAUAGCCCACAAUCUGUGUUAUUCCACCAUCUUUAUUUUUUAGAAGAUUCCAGCAUUCAGGGAAGUGAUCCUCUCCUGAGUGCAUCACUGUAUUGCAGUUAUUGGUACCUUGAACCUGGGGGUGUGGAGGCUGAGUUUAUGCCAGCCUCUAGGGCACAGAUGCCGCUGCCCAGCAAGCUUUGGGCAUGGCCUGCCAGCUACAGAGAUGACCUACCGCUGCUUCAGAACCUUCCUGUUUGUUUACUUUGGCCUGUGGAGUGUAUUUUUGGUGCUUCCAUUUUCCCCUUUCUGAUGGAACUGUGGCCUCUAUUCUUUCACAAUAACUGCUUUGCUGAUCGUGUGCCCUGGGUAGGAACCCCGCAUAAUCAGAAAUGCUGGGAAGGCAGCUGGAUUGGUGAAUAACAGAAUCUGAGGAGGUAUCUCAUUACGCAGGAGUUAACUCCAAAGAACAAAAAGUUGUUUGCCAGUAAAUUAUUGUUAUGAUUGUAUGUAUUUAGUUUUCCACCAGUAACCCUCCCAACAGUCCAGGGAUUGUCUCCCGAUUUCUCAGUGUGGAAGCAGGUGGGAGAGAAAGGCAGAGUUUCUUACACACAUGGACAUGCAGAUGGUGAUUACAGCCUUUCGGGAUAAUUGCACUGUCCAGGUCAAGUUAGAGCUGGGACACCGGGCCCAACUGCGCAAGAAGCCCACCACGGAGGGGUUCACACAUGAUUGGAUGGUGUUCGUCCGCGGCCCCGAGCAAUGUGACAUCCAGCACUUCGUGGAGAAGGUGGUCUUUUGGCUGCAUGACAGCUUCCCCAAGCCCAAGCGUGUGUGUAAGGAGCCCCCAUACAAAGUGGAGGAGUCGGGUUACGCUGGCUUCAUCAUGCCCAUCGAGGUGCACUUCAAAAACAAGGAGGAGCCAAGGAAGGUUUGCUUCACCUAUGACCUGUUCCUGAACCUGGAGGGCAACCCGCCUGUAAACCACCUGCGCUGUGAGAAGCUUACCUUCAACAACCCCACCGUUGAGUUCCGGUACAAGCUCCUGAUGGCUGGCGGGGUGAUGGUAAUGCCCGAAGGAGCAGAAACGGUGUCCAGGCCCAGUCCUGACUACCCCAUGUUACCCACAAUUCCACUCUCUGCCUUCUCUGACCCCAAGAAGACCAAACCAUCCCACGGCUCCAAGGAUGCCAGCAGGGAGAGCGGCAAGGCCUGCAAGGCCCAUAAGACAGCCAAGGAGCACCGGGAGCGGCCCCGCAAAGACUCGGAGAGCAAAGGCCCCUCCAAGGAGCCAGAGCGUGAGCAGGCCCGGAGUGCCAAGGAUGCCUCACGGAAGCUGGUUGAGGGCCGGCCACCCAAGGAGGAGAAGGCCCCGCCACCCAAGGCUGCAUUUAAGGAGCCUAAGAUGGCCCUGAAGGAGACCAAACUGGAGAGCCUGUCCCCCAAGGGUGGUCCCCCACCACCACCACCAUCUAAGUCUUCCAGCAAGCGGCCAGCUACCACUGACUCACCCAAGCCCAGUGCCAAAAAGCAGAAGAAGAGCAGCUCCAAGGGGUCCAGGAGCGCCCCUAGCACUUCGCCCCGCACCUCAUCCUCCUUCUCGGACAAAAAGUCGGCCAAGGACAAGGGCAGCACCAAAGUGGAGAAGAUCAAGGCUGAGAAUGAGCCCCGGGAGAUCAAAAAGCCCCCAGAGGUGGAGGAGUCCAACUCGGAGGACGAGGCCUCCUUCAAGACAGAGUCCGCCCAGUCGAGCCCAUCCAACUCCAGCUCCAGCUCUGACUCCAGUUCAGAUUCGGAUUUUGAGCCAUCUCAGAACCACAGUCAAGGACCCCUGCGCUCCAUGGUGGAGGACCUGCAAUCUGAGGAGUCCGACGAAGAUGACUCUUCAUCAGGCGAGGAGGCUGCCGGCAAGACAAAUGCAGGGAGGGAUUCCAGGUUGAGCUUCAGUGAUAGCGACAGUGACAACAGUGCUGACUCCUGCCUCCCCAGCCGAGAGCCCCCUGCCCCCAAGAAGCCACCCCCACCCAACAGCAAGGCGUCAGGCCGGAGGAGCCCCGAAUCCUGCAGCAAGUCUGAGAAGAUCCUCAAGAGGGGCACCUAUGACAAGGCCUACACAGAUGAACUGGUGGAGCUGCACCGGAGGCUGAUGGCCCUGCGGGAGCGCAACGUGCUGCAGCAGAUUGUGAACCUCAUCGAGGAGACUGGCCACUUCAAUGUCACCAACACCACCUUUGACUUUGACCUCUUCUCCCUGGAUGAGACCACCGUGCGUAAGCUGCAGAGCUACCUGGAGGCCGUGGCCACAUGACCCUGGGCCAGAUGCCGGGCCCCUAUCAUCGGGGUCCCGGGAGGCCACAUCCGGACCCCGCCUGCCUUUCUCUCUCUCGACUCACUCGCCCGCAGCACUGCCUUAGUGACCGCCCUGUCCUCGGCCCUCAUGGCCAGCUGCACUUUCCUCGUUGGCUCCCGGCCUGCCCUCCCCACCAGCUCACCGGGAGCCCUGGGGCCGAGGGGGCCCGGCGGGCGCUGCUGCUGCUCCCUGAUAUUCAGGGGCCAUCACCUGGGUUCCCCUUGUGUUGAAGGCAGCACUGGGCCUCAUUCCUGUAUAGGGGAAGAAAUGUGCCCGGCGGUGGGAGCCCUGCUCCAUGGUGGGAUGUGGGGCCUGGGUGUCACUGGCCAGGCCUCUCCAAACGGUUCAGACACACCGCACCCCAGGACCUCAGAGGAUCCAGCUGCUCCAGGCCAGGCCUUGGCUCGUCCUCCAUGUGAGCCGGAUGCAGCCCCGCUCGUGGCUCUCACUGUGCUGGGGCUCCAUGCUGUAUAUUGUCUCUCUGUUAUGUAUGUAUGUGUGCACUGUAGGUACCAGAGCGGUUUCCGGGUGUGCAUUUCUGUGGCAGCAGUGCACGUGGGGGGUGGGGGUAAGGUGGGACUUUAGGUUAAGAUGUCUCCACUGGUCUUGUCAUUGGACUAGAGGCCGAGCCGGAGUGCCCACUGGCUUUCUCCAAGCGCAGGGAGGAUCCCCCUCAGUGGUACCAGGGCGCCUCGUCCUCCUCCUGGGACUCAAAAGGCACAGUCCGGGCCUGUGAACACUACGAUGGAGCAGUAGGUCCUCAGGCGCCUAGUCAGACUGACAGCCGUCUCCAGGAGCAGACCUCCCAGCUCCAGCAGCUGCAGGCCACCACUUGUAAUGGUGCCCCGGGCCUCGGCCUCUCCUUUCUUCCAUAGGAUCCUCUUCCUCCUCUCUGUUAUCGAGUCUUCAAACUUUGAAAAAAAUGAGCUUUUGCCAAAUAAGACGAUAGUUUGUGGAGUAUUUUCAAGGAGCGUGAGGACUCAGAGCCAGCUCCUCUUGCCUGGGCCCCGCCGGUGGCAGGCCCUCCCGGGCACUCCUGUCUCUCUCCGUUUGGGCUUAGCCCUCCGACACCUGCCGUUCACACUCGUCCAGAGUCCCGAGACUCAAUUCCUCGAAGGCCUGAGAUUCUCCAAGGUCCAGGCCGGUUCCUCCUCCCUCUGGCCCACCUUCCAGGGUCAGAAUGCCCUUAUGGAGUCAGCCCACCUUGGGUGGGGCUCCUGAUAGCCUGUUUGCUCAGCCUCUAUUCUCCCAGACCUUGACUCAAGGCUCCUCCAGUUCCCCCCAACUUUUGCCCUAAACAACAUGUGGGGAAAAGGACUGGGGGUCCAGAGAUGGGCUCACCUCUCUCCAGCCCACUGUCAGCCCCUCUCCCCGGUUCCCGAGUUCUGAUGUGGGUGACCCUUCCCUGUGACCCCUGAUUCUCAUGUCUGUGCUCCGAUUCCGUCUGUCAGGCAGACCUUGAACACUCCCGGGUGAUCCCCACCUCCAAGGCUUCCAUGAAUUCCAGCCUUCCUGGUGAGGUCCCCAGAACGCUCGGGGGAAGCCCGAGAACUUUACAGGAAACCAUCGUGACUCCUCGCUGUUCACUCAGAUUCUCUCCUGACCCCACUGCCUUGAGGCAUUGAGAAGAGGUCAGGCCUGCGUGGCAGGCCCCGUGCUGUCACCAUCCCCUUCUCCUGCCAGGCCAGCAAUACUCCAACGUGGGCGCCAUUCUUCUCUGGAAACUCCAAGACAUUGGACGGAGGAACUGGCUGACGUGGGCUGCUCGAAAGGCAGCAGCUCCCUGGCCCUCUGUGCAGAGGCUGCCAGGGGUCACAGGCAGGAGCCUCAGCUCAAGGGCACUAGUCUUUCUGAGGAUCUGCUGGAAAGGGCUGCAGGCUUCACACGGCUGCCAAGGCCGCCCUCUGCUUUGGAGCCCGGCUCUCUGGCGCACCCUCAGUGUCAGCAGCAUCUGGCCCUUUCUGCUGUUUCCAGGGCCUUCGGAAGCACCGACCCAUUUCUCAGUUACCUCCUCUGGCCAGAAGGCCUCCAGUGCUGUCCUCUGGAGCUGCUCUGGGCCCAGUGCUGGCCCGUGACCACCUGAUGGACAUGCCAGGUAGCCAGGGCUCUGACCAUAGCAUUCCCAGCUGCUCCCCUACUUACCCCCCAGCUGCCUGGCAGCUGGGCCCACAAGGGCUCUGGGGACGCUUCCAUAGGAAGGGGCAGGCACUUUGUGAUUGCCGCGUGUUUAGUGUUAAGCCCCCUGCCCCCAGUGCAAAUCUGUGUUUUGCUGUCUCCUGAACAAAAUGUAAACCAACACCUGAAAGCAAAAGGUAUCGAAUACCUUUCUUACCCGUCAGGGUUUUUACCAAGAUUGUGUCUCACUAGGAACUAGGACACUUAUCAGCCUGAGACCAACUCCUGGAUAAAAGGAAUAAGGAGAAUUGUGUUUGUAAUAAGUUACAGGAUUGUUUCUGUCCUGGAUUUUAAACUUUUUUGUUAAAUUGUGAAAUUAUGGAGGAAUUUUAUAGGAAAAACAAAGUGAAAUAAAGUCAGAUGGGAAAGCAGA